AAAUAAUUUAAUAUACAAAUACAUAUGCAAUCUGAGCCGUUAAGUUUAAAACCAGAGUAUCCAUCCUGACCGUUGGCCUCGUCUACAAAUCAAUAGUUCGAACUUAGAAGAGUCAAGUGGCCCAUACACACGCACAAAAAAAACACAGACACAUAACACGCGGGGCAUUGUCUUGAAACAUCCAUCACAUUCCUCCAAGAAACUCAACAUCUCCAAUGGCUUCACUCUACCAAUCCCAUCUCAUUUCUAACAAGCCUCACAUCUUUUCACCCAAAAACAUCAAGACCACUUUCUUAUCUCCAUCAAUCAAGAACCAUAGUUAUGAUUCUUGGAGUUCAUGCAAAAAGUCUCUGACUUUGAAGAAAACAAGUGUAGUGUCAGCAGCAGCUGCUGAGCAGAAGCCCAACAAAAGGUAUCCUGGUGAGGCUAAAGGCUUUGUGGAGGAAAUGAGAUUCGUGGCCAUGAAAUUGCAUUCUAGAGAUCAGGCUAAGGAAGGAGAAAAGGAGCCUCAGGGCAAGCCUGUGGCUCAGUGGGAGCCUACUGUUGAAGGUUACUUGAAGUUCUUGGUUGAUAGUAAGUUGGUUUAUGAUACUCUUGAGGGUAUUAUUGCUAAGGCUGAUUAUCCUGAAUAUGCCGUAUUCAGAAACACCGGCCUAGAAAGAUCAGAAAGCCUGGCAAAAGAUUUAGAAUGGUUCAAAGAGCAGGGUCAUGUCAUUCCUCAACCAUCUCCACCAGGUCUUACUUAUGCCCAAAAACUUGAAGAAUUGUCCAAGAACGAUCCUCACGCAUUCAUCUGCCAUUUUUACAACACCUAUUUUGCUCACUCGGCUGGUGGUCGAAUGAUUGGAAGAAAGGUAGCCGAGAUGAUACUCGAUGGAAAAGAGCUGGAAUUCUAUAAGUGGGAGGGAGACUUGUCCCAACUGUUGCAGAAUGUUAGGGAUAAUUUGAACAAAGUUGCUAAAAGCUGGACUAGGGAGGAGAAAAACCAUUGUCUGGAAGAAACUGAAAAAUCAUUCAAGUACUCCGGGGAUAUCUUGAGUUUAAUAUUAUCUUGACGACUAAAAUUUUAGUGCUGCCCUUUAACUUGCUUCAUCAAUAUCUGUAAGUGUUUAUUUUCGUGUCCUUGUGAUAUCGAUGCCUUGUUCUUCUUCUCUUUUUUUUGCAGUCUAACUUGGGAGGAAGAUAAUAUCAAAUCAAAUCUUUUUUAACCCUGAUCAGCUACAUUUUGAGGUCCUAGAUGAAAUCAGUGGUAUUGUGUAUAAGUUGUACCAUUUUUCUUAAUAAUAUUUAAAUUAAUAUCAA